AAGGCGUUUUAUCUCCCAGCGCUGCUCUCUAGACUUUUUAGAAGACAUAGUGGAAUAUGCCAGUGUACGAAGAACCAAGCAUAUAUCUGGGUCUCCAAGACACAAAAGUUUGAAGAAGAUGCACUUCAUCAAGAACAUGAGGCAGUAUGACACCAAGAACAGCAGGAUAGUGUUAAUCUGUGCUAAAAGAACACUGUGUGUGGCUUUUUCUAUCCUGCCUUACGGGGAGAGUUUACGGAUCAGUGAUCUAAAAAUGGAGGGACAGAAGCAACGACAUCCUUCUGGGGGAGUUUCAGUCUCCACUGAGAUGGUCCUUGGACUGGAAGGAGUAGAGCUGGGUGCUGAUGGCAAAGUUGUGUCCUAUGCAAAAUUCUUGUAUCCAACCAAUGCCCUAGUUGUUCGCAAAGCCGACAGCCAUAGUGCUGUUCCCUCAUGUCGAGCUAGUGCUUCACGGAGUCUUCCUGGAUCGAGAUACAAACCUGUGACAGCAAAAACGAUACCGGCAGGAACAGACAUUGGAAGUGAAGCUGGGGAAGCCGCAGAGUAUGAUCCAAAUCUUCUGGAUGAUCCUCAGUGGCCCUGUGGAAAACAUAAACGUGUUCUCAUCUUUGCCUCUUACAUGACUACAGUCAUAGAAUAUGUGAAACCGUCGGACCUUAAAAAAGAUAUGAAUGAAACCUUUAGAGAGAAGUUUCCUCAUAUCAAGUUGACACUGAGCAAAAUUAGGAGUUUAAAGAGAGAGAUGCGGAACCUGAGUGAAGAGUGCAAUCUGGAGCCGGUUACUGUCUCCAUGGCUUAUGUUUACUUUGAGAAGCUCGUCCUCCAAGGCAAACUCAACAAACAGAACCGCAAACUGUGUGCUGGUGCUUGCGUUCUGCUUGCAGCCAAGAUCAGCAGUGAUCUCAGGAAACAUGAAGUUAAACACCUUAUAGACAAACUAGAGGAGAGAUUCAGAUUCAACAGAAGAGAUCUCAUUGGUUUUGAAUUCACCGUCCUUGUAGCUUUGGAACUGGCUCUCUAUCUUCCUGAAAACCAAGUUUUACCUCAUUACAGACGGCUCACACAACAGUCUUAACCAAAGCUAUGUCCCAGCUGACAGCCAGUGGCGCUGGGGAUUGCAUCGCGGAACGCUGCUGGUGAAGUUGCCACUGGCGUUUCUGUGCCGCUGUGGGCAUCCUGCCAUGGCUACAGCUAGUUUUGAAGUCUGCAGUUGUUUCUAAACUGUCGAGGUGUGCAUUAUGGACAUGUACGCCAAGUCUGGGGGAUGGGACAAGAAGAGUUACUGAACUUUAUUUUCUUUUGGACAUUUAAAGCACAAAUAUUCACCAGUCAGCUGUCAUGGCUGCUUAUUAUGCUUUAUUUAUCUUUUCGGUUUUACUAAGACUGUUCUUCCCUAUGAAGAAUACUAUGGUAUUGUUUCUUUUUUUUUUUUAAGCUUUUGUUGUAUUCCUUGAAACUAAAGGAAGCAUCACUUCCAUUCCAGUGCACC